AUGGAAGAGACGCAGCCGCUUCCGCAGUCCGAGCUGCCGCUGUGCGACAGCCUCAUCAUCUGGCUGCAGACAUUCAAUACUGCUGCACCCUGUCAGGAUGUCAAACAGCUGACUAGUGGAGUUGCCAUGGCACAAGUUCUUCAUCAAAUUGAUGUAGCUUGGUUUGAUGAAUCUUGGUUAAGCCGAAUUAAAGAAGAUACUGGUGACAACUGGAGAAUAAAGGCUAGUAAUUUAAAGAAGGUACUUCAAGGAAUUAUGAGUUACUACAAUGAGUUUUUGGGGCAACAGAUUUCUGAAGAACUUAUCCCUGAUUUAAACCAGAUAACUGAAUGUUCAGAUUCUGUGGAGCUUGGGAGAUUGCUCCAGCUUAUUUUAGGUUGCGCUGUCAACUGUGAAAAGAAACAAGAACAUAUUCAGAAUAUAAUGACGUUGGAAGAGUCUGUUCAACACGUGGUCAUGACUGCUAUUCAAGAGUUGAUGAGUAAAGAAAUCGUGAGCUCUCCGACAAAUGAUGCUGUUGGAGAAUUAGAACAACAGCUUAAAAGGGCCCUAGAAGAACUUCAGGAAGCACUAGCAGAAAAAGAAGAACUGAGGCAAAGAUGCCAAGAACUAGAUAUGCAGGUGACAGCGCUUCAAGAUGAAAAGAAUUCACUAGUUUCUGAGAACGAAAUGAUGAAUGAAAAACUUGACCAGUUGGAUGGAUCUUUUGAUGAUCCAAAUACAAUGGUUGCGAAAAAAUAUUUUCAUGCACAGUUGCAACUAGAACAAUUACAGGAAGAAAACUUCAGGCUUGAAGCUGCAAAAGAUGAUUACCGUGUUCACUGUGAAGAACUUGAAAAGCAAUUAAUUGAAUUUCAACAUAGGAAUGAUGAAUUGACUAGUCUUGCUGAGGAAACAAGAGCCCUGAAAGAUGAAAUAGAUGUUCUUAGGGCUACCUCUGAUAAAGCAAAUAAACUGGAGUCUACAGUUGAGAUAUAUCGUCAGAAGCUACAAGAUCUGAAUGACCUUCGCAAGCAGGUGAAAACUUUACAGGAAACAAACAUGAUGUACAUGCAUAAUACAGUCAGCUUAGAGGAGGAAUUAAAGAAGGCAAAUGCUGCGCGCACACAAUUAGAAACAUACAAGAGACAGGUUCAGGAUCUUCAUGUUAAACUUUCCUCUGAAUCCAAAAGGGCAGACACACUAGCAUUUGAAAUGAAGCGGCUUGAAGAAAAACACGAAGCUUUACUUAAGGAAAAAGAGAGACUAAUAGAACAGCGUGACACUCUGAAAGAAACAAAUGAAGAGCUUCGAUGUUCACAAGUACAACAGGAUCACCUAAACCAAGCAGAUGCAUCUGCUACAAAAAGUUAUGAGAAUCUUGCUGCUGAGAUUAUGCCAGUGGAAUAUAGGGAGGUGUUCAUUCGACUGCAACAUGAAAAUAAGAUGCUUCGAUUACAGCAGGAAGGUACUGAGAAUGAGCGUAUUGAGGAACUUCAGGAGCAGCUGGAACAGAAGCACCGCAAGAUGAAUGAACUGGAGACCGAGCAGAGGCUGAGCAAAGAGCGAAUCCGAGAGUUGCAGCAGCAGAUUGAGGACCUCCAGAAGUCUUUACAAGAACAAGGCUCCAAGUCUGAAGGUGAAAGUUCCAGCAAACUAAAGCAGAAGUUGGAAGCUCAUAUGGAAAAACUAACAGAGGUCCAUGAAGAACUACAGAAGAAACAAGAGCUCAUUGAAGACCUCCAGCCAGAUGUAAACCAGAAUGUACAAAAGAUCCAUGAGCUUGAAGCUGCUCUUCAGAAGAAAGAUGAAGAUAUGAAAGCAAUGGAGGAAAGAUACAAAAUGUACUUAGAGAAAGCAAGAAAUGUAAUAAAAACUUUAGAUCCCAAAUUAAAUCCAGCAUCAGCUGAAAUAAUGCUACUUAGGAAGCAGUUGGCAGAGAAAGAGAGAAGAAUUGAGAUUCUGGAGAGUGAAUGUAAAGUAGCAAAAUUCCGUGAUUAUGAAGAAAAACUCAUUGUUUCUGCCUGGUAUAAUAAGAGUCUAGCAUUCCAGAAACUGGGGAUGGAAUCUAGACUUGUGAGCAGCAGUGGUGCUUGCAAAGACACGGGGGCCUGCGCUCCUGCCCGGUCUUUCCUAGCACAGCAGCGGCACAUCACCAGCACCAGAAGAAGUCUCUCUGUUAAAGUUCCUGCUGCGACAACUGAUUAA